AUGGGUGGUGAAGAAGAACACGCAUCUCCCUUAACGGUAUGCAUAGACAUUGAAGAGCAAUGCACUUCCGCAAGAGUUGGUUGCAAUGAAGAUCUGUUGGAUAGACUAGAUGAACUGGAAACUGACGAUGGCACUCCAUCUACACCGUAUGUGUUGCCAUCUUCGGAUUGUAAUGAUAUCAUUGAGGAGCCAAAGCCGGGGAUGGAGUUCAAUUCAUUGGAAGAUUUGAUGGUCUAUUAUAAGCAGUAUGCUAAAAAUUGCGGGUUUGGAGUGAUGACACAAAGGAGUGAGAGGUCAGAGGAUCAAAGUGUCAGAUAUGUCACCCUCGGUUGUGCACGGGGAGGGAAGGCUCGGAUUAAGAGUUCCAAUAUCGCCAACCCACGUCCGACGGGAAAGACGGACUGUAAGGCAAGGAUUAAUGCCUUAAGAGUCGAGGGAAAGAUGCGGUUGACAACAGUGAAUAACUCACAUAAUCAUGUAAUUAGCCCUCAGAAAUCCCGCUUCUUUCGAUGUAACAGAGAAGUGAAUGAGACUGUUAAAAGGGUCCUUGACACAAACGACUUAGCUGGUAUUCGGCUGAACAAGAGUUACGGAUCUCUUGUAGUUGGAGCAGGUGGCUUUGAGAACCUGCCAUUUUUGGAAAAGGAUUGUCGGAAUUACAUCGACAAAGCCCGCCAUCUACGACUUGGUGCAGGUGGUGCUGGAGCACUUCGUGAUUAUUUUAUGAGGAUGCAAUACAAGAAUAACGGUUUUUUUGCAUUGAUGGAUUUAGACGAUGAUGGGAGGUUAAAAAAUGUUUUUUGGGCAGAUCCACGUAGUCGGGCUGCGUAUAAGUAUUUUGGUGACGUCGUCACAUUCGACACCACGUACCUGACUAAUAGGUAUGGGAUGCCGUUUGCACCAUUUGUUGGUGUAAAUCACUACGGGCAGUCGAUUCUUUUGGGAGCUGGGUUGAUUUCCAGUGAGGACACAGAGACGUUUACAUGGCUGUUCCAAACUUGGUUGCAAUGUAUGGACGGAAUAGCUCCAAAGGCUAUUAUUACUGAUCAGGACAGAGCAAUGAAAAAUGCAAUUGCGAUAGUAUUUCCAGAAACUCGACAUCGAUUUUGCUUAUGGCAUAUACUCAAGAAAGUUCCAGAGAAGUUGGGUUCAUAUGCUGCGUACAAAAGUGGCCUGAAAACUGAGCUGAUGAAAUGUGUGUACGACACACAAACUAUUGUCGAGUUUGAAAAGCAUUGGUCCCAGUUUAUUAACACAUACCACUUACAUGAGAAUGCUUGGUUGAAAAGUUUAUACUCCGAGCGCGAGCAUUGGGUACCAGUUUUCCUGAAAGAGCACUUUUAG